GAGCCGUGCAACCGCCUCCACGGCCUGCCGCAUUCGAGAAGUCUGCUAUCGCGAGCAGGUUAUCGUCGCUGUAACCAUGGAGAUAGGCUUGAAUGAUGUGCAGCCGUGUGCAGGAGGUCCACGAGGACGAGGGCGUUGAUGCGACGGAGGGAUAAGCUCACCGGACGGUUCCUUCGCGUGGAGGCACAGCGGUUCGAGGGACCUGUCCAUUCGAGAUGUCGAUGCAGACGGCUUCGCGAACCUGUGCCACCUGCAGAUAGGACGGGCCGACACGAUAGGCCUCGAGGUCCAUCCCUUUGCAACACAAAAAGGAUGACGGCAGGAGCAACGUACACAGUACGCAGCCUGUCUCGCCUCGUUAAUCCCUCAAUCCCUAUAAUUGCUGUGAGUCGGGCCAGGCACGCCCCUCUUCGACCUCAGGCCGCCGUUCCAUGUAUGGCGAGGUUGAUUCGUGCCCAAACGAAACUCUUUCAGCCCCCAAUAACACAGCCGUCUGCCCAGCCGCAGAACAGCGGACGAUCGAAGAGACCCGUACCUACGCGCCUUGCCCCGGCCCCAUUCAUGCAUCGCUCGUGGAUUGCCGAAUCAAGGAACAGCUUUGUCACACCUCCACCACCCGAGACCUCCACUUUAGCAGCCAUCGAAGGAUGAAUCCAACAGAUAGAUUAUAAUAUGACAAACCGCCAGGCAUCAACCAUUGUCAAC